UACCAGCAAGGUUAGUGGAAGUCUCAAUGCACCUUUGGGUAAAGAAAUAGAACUUAUUGAUGGUAGAGGUCAAAUAGAAAGGGUCCAACAAUCAGAUCUGGUGAAAAAAUUUAUUGGGAACACAAAUGAAAUUGAAGAUGAAUUUGGGUUGUCUAGUGAAGAGGAAGAUGAUGUAAAAGACACUGUGCAUAGUGAUGCCGAAGACAAUGAAAAUAUUAACCUUUCUGAUGAUGAGAAUGGUUAUGGAAGUGAUGUUCAUGAAGAGAUAAACAUAGUUAAGGCAGAUUUGAAAGCAUAUGUGAAGAAAAAAAGGGAGCCAAGAAAGAAAAAAGUUGCUGAGUGUUUUCUGGGAGAAGUUGACAUAGAUCCAGGUUUUGAAGACAUUGACAUACCCAAGAAAAAUCUGACUGGUAAGCUAUUAGAUGAUGAGCCCUUUUGUGACAGUUCAGAUACGGACAGCUUUGAGCGUGAAAGUGAUGGGGAAACAGAUGUUGAAAAAUCUGGUAUUUUAAGAGCAAGGAAGAAGGACAAAAGGGUCUCAUAUGAUCCAACAUGGAAACAAGUCGUGUGUCAACUAAAUAUGGUCUUUGGGGAUGUGAAAAACUUCAAAAAAGAAAUCAGUAGGUACGCAAUUGAGAGAGGUUGUCAACUAGAUAAGAUCCAUAAUGAUAAAAAAAGAGUUAGAGUUAAAUGCAAAGCUGGUGGAUGUCCUUGGCAACUUUAUGCUAGCAAAGACUCUAAAUCUCCCAAUUUCAUUAUAAGAAUCCAAGACACAAGUGUUAUAAGACCAGCACCAAUACAAUGUGCAACUAUAAGUAUUUGGCUAAGUACUAUAGAAAUAGGAUUAUUUCUCAACCCUGCAUAAAGGGGUGGGAAAUACAAGAUUUGGUCAGGGAAGAUACGGGGUUAUAUGUUGGUAAGUUUCUGUGUUUGAAGGCCAGGAAAAUGGUGUUGAAAAAGGUUAUGGGUGAUCAUAUUGCUGAGUUUAGUAGAAUCUAUGACUACAAAGAUAUGAUUCUUGAAUCAAAUCCAGGAAGCACUUGUGUGGUAAAGGUGACAGAUUGUGAUGAUGGAAAAAAAAACUCUUCCACUCUUUCUAUAUUUGCUUUUUAGCUUUGAAAAAAGGAUUUAUUGAGGGUUGUAGAAAGUGUAUUGGGUUAGAUGGUUUCUUCUUGAAGGUGAUAUCUCAGGGCCAAUUGCUUGUUGCUAUUGCAAAGGAUGGGAAUAAUCAGAUGUUCCCACUAUAGUUGGAACUGAAAGUAAAGAUACUUGGACUUGGUUUCUGAGGAUCUUGAAAUCUGAUUUGGACAUCAAUGAUGAAAGAGCAGGAUUAACAAUCAUAAGUGACAUGCAAAAGGGAUUAUAUUCAGCUGUUCAAGAGUUACUUGCAGAAUGUGAACAAAGAAUGUGUGCAAGGCAUAUACUUGCAAGAUGGUCACAAGAUUGGAAGGGUAUUGAAAAAAGAAAAAUAUUUUGAGCUUGUGCCAGAUCAACAUUUGAAGCUCAACUCAAGAGGAACUUGGACAAAUUAGCACUGUUAGGUGAAGGUAUUUCUAACAGCUUAGCAAGCUUUAAUCCUGAAAGAUGGUCCAAGACAAUGUUCAAGACAACUUCAAAAUGCGACAGUGUGGAUAACAAUAUGGCUGAAAGCUUCAAUGCUUGGGUGUUGGGUGCUAGGCAUAAGACUAUCAUCAGUAUGCUUGAAGAGAUUAGGACAAAGGUAAUGAAUAGGUUCACCAAGGUGGUAGCAUUUGCGGAUAGCUGGACCUAUGACAUAUCCCCAAUGGCAAUGUCGGUAUUAAAUACAAAUAUGGAGAUGUCAAUGAGGGUGGAAAUUAAGUGGAAUGGUGAUAUUGGAUAUGAAGUGAAGGUUGGUUGAUAUAAACAUGUGGUUAACCUAAUUUAGGGAACUUGUACUUGCAGAAUUUGGGCCCUAAAAGGGAUUCCUUGUGCAUAUGCAAUAGCAGCCAUGCAUCACGAUGAAGCCAAUCCCCUUGACGCAGUUUCUACAUGGUACAGAAAAGAGACCUACUUGAGAGCUUAUGGAAAUUUCUUACAACCAAUAACCAAUAUGGAGAUGUGGCCUGAGAUAUCAAAUCCAAAAGUUGAGCCAUCUCUUGUUAGGAAAAUGCCCGGAAGGCCUUCGAAAAAAAGAAAGAAGGAGCUUGGAGAGGUAUCAAGUUGUGGAAAGCUUUCAAAGAAGGGAAAAAUCAUGAGGUGCUCAGUUUGUAAGUCAACAAAUCACAAUAUAAGAACCUGUCCAAACAAACAUCCCGCCACUUCAAAGGGAGUAGCUACAUCACAAGCAUCCACCAGUGGAAAAAAAUCAAAGGCGCACAUAGAAAAAAAUGCUACAAGCAAGGGUGGUAAAGGAAGUCCCAAGCAGCAAUCUCAUUCGUCUCAGUCCUCUCAAGCAGUGCAACAAUCUCAAUCCUCUCAACCAUCUCAAGCAAUAGUAGAAAGUGGCUGUGGCAGUGGAAGUACAAAAGGUGAAAGCAAUACAUUUAAGAGGCCAAGAGUAGUGGUCCAUGGCGUGUUUGUGAGCAAAGGCGGCUUUACUUGUGCUGAGGUAAGGACAAGGGACAUUAAUAAAUUUAUCUCCUUAAUGACACCUCUUUAAAAUAGUUUAACAUUUCUUUUAUUACUUCGCAACAAGGACGACCUACUAGUAGGGUAAUCAAAAGUGGAGCACAAGAGAAAUUGAUAAGUUCAGCUGUUGUGAUUGGUGAUCUUGGUUAUGCACCAAGUAAAGGUCUCAAAUGGAAUGGAAAAAAGGCUAUCACAGGAAGGCAACUUCAACAUAAAAGUGCAUCUCUUAGGUAUAUGAAAACCAAGUUACAAGUUUCACCACAAAGUGCAACAAAAGC